CAGCAGAUGAAAGAAAAAGAGGGGACGAAGACGAACAGCUCUCUUCUCUUCCUACCUCCAGAGUCCAGCUUCUCUCUCUCCAAUGGAAUUUUUGCAGGGCGCCGGGAUCCGCGUCUCUCGAUUUCUGCAACAAAAUCUAUUUAUAAUCUCACCUCUCUCUCGCGGUUAGCAAUCAUCGCAACGAAUCUCUAGUCCUGCCUCUAUUGAAUCUAGUUUAAUGGAAUUGCGAGGCAUGGAGGACUAAAGGUGAACAACUUGUGCAAGAAAAAGGAACAUCAAAAUGGUUCCGCUAGCGGUGCUGCUCAAGCGUGAAUUUCGGGAGGAAACGAUGCCCACGAAACAGGAACAUCAAAUGGUUCCGCUAGCGGUGCUGCUCAAGCGUGAAUUGUCGAAUGAGAAGAUCGGAAAGCCAGAUAUCAUACACGGUGAGGCCAAUCAAAGUAAGAAGGGGGAGGACUUUACGUUAUUGAAGACGGAAUGCGAAAGAGUGCCAGGAGACGAGGUUACCACAUUCUCAGUCUUCGCGAUAUUUGAUGGUCACAAUGGGUCUGAAGCUGCUAUAUAUGCUAGGGAGAAUUUACUAAACAAUGUUUUGGGUGCAAUUCCUUCAGAUAUAAGCAGAGAUGAAUGGUUAGCAACAUUGCCAAGGGCCUUGGUUGCAGGAUUUGUUAAAACGGAUAAAGGUUUUCAAGAGAAAGCACAAACCUCAGGAACAACUGUCACUUUUGUAAUAAUAGAUGGAUGGGUCAUAACUGUAGCAUCAGUUGGUGAUUCUCGUUGCAUACUUGAAUCUGCUGAAGGUGACAUAUAUUCUUUGUCAGCAGAUCAUAGGCUAGAAUGCAAUGAAGAAGAGAGGGAGCGUAUAACUGCAAGUGGUGGUGAGGUUAGUAGGCUUAGUACUGGUAGUGGUGCUGAGAUUGGCCCUCUGAGAUGUUGGCCAGGUGGUUUAUGUCUCUCAAGAUCUAUUGGAGAUAUGGAUGUUGGCGAGUUUAUUGUCCCUGUCCCCUAUGUGAAACAAGUGAAGCUUUCUACAGCUGGAGGUAGGCUUAUCAUCUCAAGUGAUGGUGUUUGGGAUGCUUUGUCAUCAGAAAUGGCUCUCAAUUGUUCCCGUGGGAUGCCAGCAGAUGCUGCAGCUGCCCAAAUUGUCAAAGAGGCAAUACAAUUAAAGGGGCUUCGGGAUGAUACAACAUGCAUUGUGGUUGAUAUACUGCCACAGGAGAAGCAAACAUCUCUUCCACCACACAAGAAGCAGGGGAAAGGAGUCUUCAAGUCCAUGUUCCGCAGAAAGUCAGCUGAGUCAACUUCUUGUUUAGAACCAGAUAUUGUGGAGGAAAUAUUUGAGGAAGGAUCUGCUAUGCUUGCAGAAAGGUUGGAUAUUGAAUAUCCGCUGUGCAACUUGUUCAAGUUGUUCAUAUGUGCAGUUUGUCAGCUAGAGAUGAAACCUGGAGAAGGUAUUUCAGUGCACGGAAGUUCAUCAAAUCCAGGAAAAUUGCGUCCAUGGGAUGGUCCCUUCCUCUGUGAAAGCUGCCAAGCAAAGAAAGAAGCCAUGGAAGGAAAAAGACCAUCAAGGAGUAGUGCAACUGACUAAUCCAUCUUCAGCGAUAGUCUUGUUGAUUUUGCAAUUCUUGGCACUAACGAUUGUUUCAGAGCUGACCAGAUAGAGGAAAGUUGGGGGCCUUGUCCUGGUAUUUACUUUGUCCAGUCACACGUAUAUGUGAUUGAACGAUAAGCACCAAUCUGACAUCCCUGUCGGGAUUCAUUGUACCUGAUUAUGCUGCUGCUUCAGGACAGGGUAGGGGUUUGAGCUUUUCUGUUUAUUUAUAAAGCUGUAUGCUGAGUUGAGGAAUGAUGCAUCAAUUUUGCCUGUUUUCCUAGGUCUUGCAAGAAGGAUUGGUGAAUUUACCAAGCCUUGGAGGUCUCUAACCCAAUUCUUUUCCUUUUGAGAUCAAUCCAUUGUAUAUGUGUCCAUUUUAUAGAGCUAGGAUUGAAUUAAACAGUUUCCUUUGUAACAUUACAAUACACAGUCGGGUAAAAAAUUAUACGAUUGAAUUAAUUUAAAAAAGUCUCUGAACUUACUGAGCCUUUCGUGUUUAA